AGUUGGAGAAUGUAGGAUAUGACACAGCAGAAUUCAAAGAAAUGCAGAAGUGGUUUCUUUUCUUUAUUCGCGCGGGCGUCUGUAGAUUUUUUCCACACACACCCUGCAAACCUCAUGCGUGUCUCUAAGAACAAGCCAAGUCAGAAAGAUGCGUGAAUUUCCUCAAGUCCGUCAAUCCACUGUGGAAAAAGGGAAGGGAAGCCCACAGCAGGUCCUGCCCUGCCUACGUCACUGAGGAAACGGGGAAGCCGAGGACCGAAGACGCGAUGGACAAGUUGAACAAACUGCAAAAAAGUGAGCGAGAAGCAGCGCCGGAAAUGAGGUGCAGCAUUGGCUUCGUCUAUCUGUUCUCCUACUAUUUACUCCAGUUCUGUGGACACACGUGGAUCUUUUCCAACAUGACAGCCAGAUUUCUUUCUUUUGGAUUGGAUGCUUUAGCUGGCACAUUUUAUUUUGUGGGAGUGAUGAUGAGCCUGUGCCUGCUCUUGUCAGUGCUGGAGCUUUUCCACAUUGCAGAUGGAAUAGAAGAGAGUCAACUCCUUCCUCGGCUUGUCCAGGUGAUUGAGAGAAAUUUCCUUUUAUUAUUAAUCAUCAGUCAAGAGGAGUUUCAGAGUAAAACAGUAGUGUGUGUGCUGUUUUAUCUGUGGAACACUUUACACCUGAUAAGGUACCCAUAUCAACUGAUGUGUCUCAUUAGCACACCAUCAUUCAAUAUGCUGUGGGUGCGCUACACCAUCGCCAUCCCUGUCUACAUAUUAUCUGUGAUCACAGAAGGAAUCAGUAUUUUACAGGCGUUGCCAUAUUACGAGUCGGAAGGCACUUAUUCUGUCCAGCUGGAAACACCCAUCUCUGUCUAUGUACAUUUCCCAUACCUGCUAAUGGCUUACCUCCCUCUGUUGGUAGCAGUUUCUGGCUUAACAGUACGAAGCUUACUCAAAGAAAGGAGUCAUUCUCUUAACAACUGGAAUAAGAAGAUGAAAAUUGGCUAACUGAAGAGAAAAUUGAUGACACUUCUCCAUGAUUACUGCACAAAAUAAAGUAACUUUUUUUUCUUUAA